AUGGCCGCGAACAAGGGCGCGCCACGACGGAAACGUGCUGCUCCCGAGUCUGGAGGAGCGAAGAAGAAGCCGACGGAAGCAGCCAAGAAGAGACAGGCGGUCGCAGCGAAGAGGAAGCACGUGCGGGAGCUUGCAAAGGCGGGACGGUGGAACGAGAUUGAGCGACUGUACGGCAAGAAGAUCGUGAUCAAGGCCAAGACCUACGUGGAGACUCAAGGCGCGAAGAAGAAGACGCCACUGGAAAUCGCAAACGAGAUCUUGAUCAAGAACGGGUACUUGCCCUGUGUCCCCGACACGGCUGCAAGUCGGACCCCACCGGCUCUAAUAGUGCAUCAAACGGCAGGGUCCGGUACUCGGGAAUGCAGACCAGAAAGGAUCAUUGCUGCAGCAGCUCCUGACUCACCGGUGAAGCUGACAAAGGAACAGCAGAAACGGAUCGAGACGAGAAGACAAGAAGCGCUUGAAAGACGUCGACGAGUCCAGCAAGUCGCUCGGACAUCUGUCCAUCCGCCUCCGGCUGUGAUCCAGCCAUCACGUCCUCCUCCUGACGAGGCGCAUCGUAGAUCACGUCAAGCUGUUGUCCCGGUGCAAGAGCAGCAUCUUUUAUCAUCACAAAUCUCAAGAAGGGAGUCAAGUUCAUCUGAUGGGCAACAGGAGACUGACACGCAUCGCGUUGUCACCGUCGGGAGCAGGCCUCGGACAAAUGUAGUGGCAGAAAUCAAACACGCUCGACCUGAGUGUUUCUGGGACGACCUCGAGGCGGCUGCCGAGAUUGUCCAGUGGGAAAACGAGCACAUGGCGGAAGCGGCCCUUGAGCCUCAAGCACCUGCAGCGAAAAUAGCUCCUGACGAAGAGUGUGGCGGCAGUCAGCAGAGCUCCCACUAUCGACGAGAGUUACCGACAGCUAUCCCCAAUCAGCCACCUGCAGUCAUAUCGUUUUCUCAAGAGCUGCUCGCCGCUGCAGACAUCAUUCAAUGGGAGAAAGAGCAUGAAAGUCUACCGGAAGUACCAGCAGCUUUGGGCAGUCCUGGUGGUGAUAGCUCUGACGGUGAUCGGGAGCUCGACGCACCACAGUUUCAGCUGUUGCCUGUGCACGUCACCGACGAUUUGGAGCAGCCCAGCAGCGAUCCCCGUGGUUCUGUGCAUGAUUAUCAGGUCGACAACAACAGCUUCGACCGACCAAUUAGCAAUGGCCAGCAACAUCCAAGUCGUCAACCCCAUCAUCGCUCUUGGGUUGCUGCACCACAGCCAGCCCUGCCACACACCAACGCCGUCCCUGCCAGAGUGACGGAAACCAGUGGGGUCCAGCAGCUCCACCAGACUGCAUCGCAUCCACCUCAAAGCCACCACAGCCCUACUACGACAGAGUUCAUCGACAAGCACCUCUUGGAAGACAAGCUCGAGUUUCCGGUUCUCGAAUUUCUUGACAUGAUGCUUGCUUGA